UCCAGGAAGCGUCCUCCGGAGGUUUCGGCCGCUCACAGUCAGCGGCACGGGGGUCGCGGAAUCCGUGGCGCGCCAGGUCCCACCUGACACCGCACGCAGCAAGGCGUCGGCCACGUAGGUGCGGAAUGAAGGCGGGCGGCGUGGGCACCCACCCAAGCCUGGGCUCCCGGGCCGGGGUAGCGCCUCCGGCGUAGGCACCGCACCGUUCCCCGCCAGCUCACGCAGAGUCCUCGGCUCGCUUCCGGCCGGGCCACGUGACUGCGCGCACGUGUUCCGGCCUCUUGGAGCGGCGGUCUGCAGCCCCCUCCGCACAGCGGGCGGAUGCCCAUCUAGAGGCGGUGCAACCUUCGCCAUGAACCCCAGGGGCCUAUUCCAGGACUUCAAUCCCAGUAAGUUCCUCAUCUAUGCCUGCUUGCUGCUCUUCUCCGUGCUGCUGCCCCUGCGCCUGGACGGCAUCAUCCAGUGGAGCUACUGGGCGGUCUUCGCCCCCAUCUGGCUGUGGAAGCUCCUGGUCAUCGUGGGCGCCUCAGUGGGUGCGGGCGUGUGGGCCCGCAACCCUCGUUACCGUACGGAGGGGGAAGCCUGCGUGGAAUUCAAAGCCAUGCUGAUUGCCGUGGGCAUCCACCUGCUGCUCCUGAUGUUUGAGAUCCUAGUCUGCGACAGGGUGGAGAGGGGCACGCACUUCUGGCUGCUGGUCUUCAUGCCACUCUUCUUCGUUUCCCCCGUGUCCGUGGCUGCCUGUGUCUGGGGCUUCCGACAUGACAGGUCCUUGGAGCUGGAGAUCCUGUGCUCUGUCAAUAUCCUGCAGUUCAUCUUCAUUGCCCUGAGGCUGGACAGGAUUAUCCACUGGCCAUGGCUGGUGGUGUUCGUGCCCCUGUGGAUCCUCAUGUCAUUUCUCUGUCUGGUGGUUCUCUAUUACAUUGUGUGGUCCCUCCUGUUUCUGCGGUCCCUGGAUGUGGUGGCCGAGCAGCGAAGAACACAUGUGACCAUGGCCAUCAGCUGGAUCACGAUUGUCGUUCCCCUGCUCACCUUUGAGGUCCUGCUAGUUCACAGACUGGAUGAUCACAAUACGUUCUCGUAUAUUUCCAUAUUCAUCCCCCUUUGGCUAUCAUUACUGACUUUGAUGGCCACGACGUUUAGGCGGAAAGGGGGCAAUCAUUGGUGGUUUGGUAUUCGCAGGGAUUUCUGCCAGUUUCUACUUGAAGUCUUCCCGUUCUUAAGAGAAUAUGGGAAUAUCUCUUACGAUCUCCAUCAUGAAGACAGUGAAGAUGCAGAAGACGCAUCGGUUCCAGACGCUCCGAAAAUUGCUCCAAUGUUCGGAAAGAAAGCCAGGGUAGUUAUAACGCAGAGUCCUGGGAAGUACAUUCCGCCACCUCCCAAGCUAAACAUUGAUAUGCCAGACUAAACUCACAGGCUGGGCCUUUAGGGGAAAGAGAAACCAUGUGCCCGUGAGCUCCACUUUGGUUUUUUUUUUUCUGUGAUCAUCCAGCCCAGGAAUUGGGGAUGGGCCCUCCUCGUUUUACACCCUCCGUGAGAUGGAAGCCCCUUGCCGUUGUCAGUGUGUACCGUAGACAAGGAAGGAGGCUAUGUUAGUCUCUCUCUCUCUCUCUGUGUGUGUGUGUGUGUGUGUGUGUGUGUGUAAUGUGUGAGAGAGCUUGCUUUCCAGGUCUGUGUCUUAAGAGCCAGCCAAAGGCGGUAAAUUGAAUUGUUUCUAGGCCUUCAAAAGACCUGAAAACUACAUAGCUGUUUGUUUUUAAGCGCUACUUAUGCCUACCAAAAGUAUUGUUUAAAAAGUAUUUUUAUACACUGCUAGUCUACAAUUGUAUUCUAGACUGUGUCCAUUGUGACAUAAUGGCAAAUGUACCAACCCCCCCCCCCCCCCCCCCCCCCCCCCCCCGUUCCAUAGCCUCAUAGUUGGUAUUCCUAGUGUUUCUACUGUUCAGACAGUUGUUUUCUUUGGACUUUGCUGGUACAGGUCUUUAGUAUUCUAAUAGGCGAAUUUUCUAAUGAGUGAAUCUGCACAUGUUAGUAUUUAUAUGAAUGUUUUAGCAGUGUUCUCUGUUGAAUUGUAGUUCUUGGCAAUACCAUUGUAUUGUGUUAAAAGUAUUUUUUUUAA